AAUGGUGGAGAAGCAACCUCAGAGACACAAUCACAGAAACACACACAAGACAGGGAAAUUGAACUUGAGACUUGAGAGAGAGAGAGAGAGAGAGAGAGAAGCACAUUAACCACCAUUAAAAAGCAUUACCCUUUUUAUAUCACUCCCAAACACAUUCCUCAUUCCCCAUUUUUUUCAUUCUCUUUUCUAUCCUCGUUCUCCUCAUACUUCAUUUUUUAGCAUCGCAACGCUUUCAAACUCUUUAAACUUUAAAAUCAACCUUGAACUCGGGUGUGUUAUAGUUUCAUUUCCCUAACAAUUCGAACCCGGUUCAGUUCGGUUUCGGUUCUGUUGUGUUCGGUUCGGUUCGAUUGGAUCAUGGAGCAAACCACACUCGAGUCCAUUCAGUUCAACGAAGAAAUCCAGGGAAUAAUGGCUCCGGCGCCGGAAACCGCGAGCUCCUUCACCGCGUUGCUUGAGCUCCCGCCGACGCAGGCAGUGGAGCUCCUCCACUCGCCGGAGCGCCGCCACGUCAGCAACCCGAAACCCUAUCCGUUGAACGCCUUCGGUUGCGGCGGAGAAGGCAGCAAUUUGACCUUCCCUUCCAACACCGAGUUGAUCGAACGUGCUGCCAGGUUCUCCGUGUUCGCAGGAGAGAACUCGCCGCCGACGGGAGUGAAGAACGAGCCGCCGGAAACUGAUUCGAACAAGAGUUCGACUCAGGGAGGUGGAUGUGUCUCUGAUUCUGCGGUUGAGGACGUGAAUCCGAAGGGCACAAAGAGGAAGGAGCGAGAGAAGAAGGUUAAAGUGUCGUCGAAGAAGAGCAAGAGCGUUGCGGACGAGAGUUCAGGCGACGCGCAGAAGCUUCCGUACGUUCACGUUCGAGUUCGUCGAGGUCAAGCCACAGAUAGCCAUAGCUUAGCAGAAAGGGCUAGGAGAGAGAAGAUAAAUGCUCGGAUGAAACUUUUACAAGAGCUGGUCCCCGGUUGCAACAAGAUAUCAGGAACGGCACUGGUUCUGGAUAAAAUCAUCAACCAUGUGCAAUCUCUACAGCAUCAAGUGGAGUUUUUAUCAAUGAAACUGGCAGCAGUUAACCCAAGAAUUGAUUUCGGCCUCGACAGCAUAUUGGCUACUGAAGGUGUAUCUCUGAUGGACAGUAACUUCCCCGCCACAGUUGCACCUGUCCUGUGGCCAGAAAUCCCACACAACGGAAACAGACAGCAAUAUCAGCAACCGUGGCAAUUUGAUGCAUUCCAACAACCACUUUGGGGGAGGGAAGAAGAUACCCCUAAUUUCAUAACUCCAGAAAACUCACUUUUGAGUUAUGACUCAUCAGCAAAUUCAGUAUCUCUGCACUCAAAUCAGUUGAAGAUGGAGCUCUGAAGGGGUACAGAGAACUGGUGGUACUCGUAGCAAUUAGCCUAGUAGUGUAUAUAUCAAAUAUAGUUUUAGGAAUUAGCAGUGAUUUGAGCAGCCUCAACAUUAAGCAGGGUUUCUUUGUCUUCUAUUUGUCAGAGUCAGUUAGAAACCUGGAUUUUCUUCAGCCAGCAAGGAAGAAGAAUUGGUAUGCUAUUUUUAUAUAAUAUAUUACUGUCACUAUGUAUACUAACUAUAGGGGUCAUUCAAUCUAUGAAGUGAUUGAUUGAUUCAGAUUGUAAAAUCAUUGAACGGAUUGUUACCGAACUAUCAUGGAAGU